AUGCCUUAUGCUAAUUUUAACUGUAAUGGUAAAAUUUGGUUUUUUGUUCAACAUAAUGUAGAUGUUGAGGUUCUUUUGGAUACUGAACAAUCCAUUACUGUAAAGCUGAAAUUUCAAGAUUUGAAUAGAGAUAUGGUGGUUACAAGGGUCUAUGCUAAAUAUUCAGAAGCGGAGAGAUUACAGUUAUGGGAUAGUUUAUACUUCUUGGCUAGUAACAUGACAUCUCCUUGGCUGAUUGGUGGAGAUUUCAAUUUGCAUGAGAUGCCUUUCAAAGGGAGUCCUUUCACUUGGUGGAAUGGUAGGGAAGCCAAUGACUGCAUUUUCAAGAGAUUGGAUAGGAUUGAGCAUAAUGAUUCAUUGCAGAAUUGGUUUGGACAGCUUGAAGUGGAACACUUGUCAAGGACUGGUUAUGAUCAUGCACCAUUACUUGUAUCUUGUGGAAAUCAAGUGGAGAAUUUUAUCAAACCAUUCAGAUUUCUCAAAUUCUGGGUGGAGCAUGAUACUUUUCUUGACUUUGUUAGGCAGCAAUGGGAAGCAGACUUAUCUGAUGAUGUUUUUCUUUCCUUUAAACUCAACAUGAAGAAACUGAAAGUUGCUUUAAGUACUUGGAGUAAGGCUACUUUUGGGGAUAUUUUUAAACAACUAGUGGUUAGAGAGGAUAUAGUUAAGAUUAAAGACCAUUUGUUUGAGGAGAACCCCUCUGAGGAAAAUAGAAUGGUCAUGCAAAGGGCUCAAGCUGAGCUUAAACUGUAUCUUCACUAUGAGGAAAAUUUCUGGAGGCAAAAAGCUGGGAUGGACUAUUUCUCAGAAGGUGAUAAAAAUACAAGAUUCUUCCAUAGUCUGUUAAAAGGAAGAAGGAAAAGAAUCCAGAUCAAGAGGAUUCAAGCUGCUGCUGGAAAUUGGCUAGAGGAUGCUGAUAGAGUUGUUGGUGAAGCUGUUAACUUUUUUCAUAAGCAAUUUACUCAUGAGAAGGUUAGUGAAGAUUCUCCAAUUCUCAAUCAUAUUCUUGAACUAAUAAGAGAGGAGGAUAAUUUGCUACUUGCUGAACAACCUACUAUGGGGGAAGUACAGAAGGCAGUGUUUGAAUUAAAUGGGGAUAGUACUUGUGGCCCUGAUGGCUUUUCUGGGAUUUGUUAUCAGAAGUGUUGGGAGGUGAUCAAGGCUGAUGUUUUUAGUGUUGUUAAAACUUUCUUUGAUGGUCAGACUCUUCCUAAGUCCAUCACUCACACUAAUCUAGUUUUGUUGCCAAAGAAGAAUGUUGUUGAGUCUUUCUCUUAUAUGAGACCUAUAAGUCUUAGCAACUUUGUCAAUAAGGUCAUAUCUAGAGUAGUUCAUGAUAGAUUGGACAAUUUACUUACAAGGGUGAUAUCUCCAAAUCAAUAA